GUCAAAGGUCAGAUGGUAAAGUGGCGGGAAAUUUCUGGCGCGAAGAACUGAGUCUGUCGUCUGUACGUCUGUAAAUUUUCUCUCAGUUUCACUCGGCAAAAUGAUGGCCCAGCAGCUCAACUCCCCUCCGCUGAAGAGACAGAGGUCUGACAGGGACGGUCAGGAGGAGCCAGAUUCAUCGGAAGGGUUCAGGUUCAGCCAGGAACCGACUCUGGACCAAAUUCGAGCCAUGCAGAACCAGUUUUCCCGGGAGAGAAACUGGGACCAGUUCCACACGCCGCGCAACCUCCUACUGGCCAUGACUGGAGAAGUUGGAGAGGUUGCUGAGUUAUUUCAGUGGAGAGGAGAGGUGGAGGAAGGACUCCCAGACUGGUCUGAGAAGGAUAAGAAACACCUGUCCCAGGAGCUGAGCGACGUGCUGAUUUACCUGGUCCGUCUGGCGGAGAAGUGCCACGUGGACCUGCCCGCCGCCGCUGUGGACAAGAUCAAGCUCAACAAGCUGAAGUACCCCGCCCACCAGGUGUACGGGUCCAGCAAGAAGUACACAGAGUACAACACACCUGAGAAAAACAGCUCAUGAUGUUACAGGGAGGUGGAGUAGUGAUCAUUAGGGGAGGGGGGGGGGGGCAAGAGAUCAUCAAAAAAAGUUAGAAGUACACAGCGUACAACACACCCGAGAAAAACAGCUCAUCAUGAUACAUUGUACGGGAAAGGAGACAGAGAAGUCUACAUUGUUAUCAUCAGUAAGGGAUAUACAGAGUAUGCUACACCCACUGCCAGGAAAAACAACAACUGAUGUACAUGAAUAUGGGAUAGUGGUCAGUGGGAGGGGGCAAGAGAUCAUCAGAAAAACAACUAGGGUAUAGAGUCAAGUCAUCAGCAAUGAAGGG